AUGAAUCGCGAGGCAGUGGCGGCUCCUUUGGCUGCUGUGCAACCACCGUUGUUGACGGUACCUCUUCCCCCACCAAUACCAUCGCAGACCUCGACGACGUCGUACUCCGUUCCCCUAGUAACUGCACUGUCAGUCCCAUCGGUGGUGAGCCCGCGGCAGCCAGUGGUGUCAACGCCUCUCUUGGUUCCACUGCCGCAUGUGACGCGUCAGGAGGCGGAGCGGCCGGCACGCACCGUGCCGCUUCCCGCGGAGGCUCCUCCCAAAGUGGGUGUACAAGGCGUGGGUGUUGGCUCGCAGCCGGAACCAAUGAAUGUAUUAGAGGAGAAAACUGCGGUGAUGGACCAACCGUCUUUUGUGGUGUAUCCGCCAUUUUGUGAAAAACCGCAAACGAAGUGUGUUGCACCAUUUGAUGAAGUUCAAAGCUUCAGUGCCUUUGCUGCCCCUGUUUGCGUGCCGAUCACAGAGAGCCUCUCCGCUCUGCCUCAGCAGCUGCCCCCUCCGUACGUUGUGUUUGGCGGAGCGCGCUAUGAGCAGAUGCCCUUACCAAGAAAAACGCAGCGUCGUGUUGGCUCGAGUGGGGUCUGUCAGCGUGCUAUUUCACUGAAACGAGCCACGCUAGCACACAUGAAAGGACAACUGAAACUUGCUGGAGAGUACUUGCAUUUGGAGACGCCCCCUGUGCUCCUUUCUGCACCCCAAGGACGGGAAGUAUUACGAUCUACUACCAUUGCGGCGGAGCAUGCCUUGUCGUCGGACGAAGGUGUCUUUUCCCCAAAGAACAUUUGGACCGUAGCCUACAUGGGGACUGCGAAGGUGCUGCACAGUUUUAUAGAGUCCUUUGAUGUGGAUGCCAUCAACGCAAAAGGUUUUGUGCUUUAUAACAGGCGACAAUAUGGUAUUAAGAAGUGUGGUGAGAAGCUUCUUUUAGGCCUUGGCCGUAAAGCUACCCCUCUUCAAUUUGCCGCUGUCGCGGGCCAUCUUGAUAAUGUUGUUCUUCUUCUUCACUGUGGUGCAAAGGAUGACUCAACUCCACACCUGAAGGAGAUUGUUGCUGACGACGUUAUGGAAAUUAUACAAGGAUUGACCGCAGGAACCCGCGGUAGGCGAGGAGUCAUGGGCGGUAAGGCCAAGGGGGGUCAUAAUGUCCCUGUUACAAGUGUCCCAGUACCGUUGAAGGCAGAGGUGGUGGUUCCUCCUGUGGUUGUGGUGUGA